AUGGGCGGAGGAAGCUGUCCGUUUGAUGCUUGCAAUGGAGAAGGAAUUUCACAAGAUAGGAAGCGGCACUCCUCUGCGAUUGAAGUAUCCGUCGGUGACUCAAGCCUCGGCGUCUGUACAGACGAGGCCUCAGAAGAUGGCAAGCACUUCUACCACUCUUGCCGCAGCUCAGAGACAGAAGAGCGCUUCACAACAAGUGGCGAGCGUGCAGAGAGCGUAGACCGCAAGGCAGCAAGGUUCAAGAUAAAGCUGAGGGAGAGGCCAACACAAUCUAGGCCAGCUGAGAAGAGAAGGAAAGGAGCUUUGACGACUCGGACCGUGGAGAGCGAGAGCAAGGAGGAGGAGGAAGAAGAGGAAGAGGAAGAGGAGCGCUCGCCUUUCAGCAGCGGCUCCGACGACUCCGCCGACGACCCCAAGGAUAAGAUGGAUCUAAGAGAGAGAGACGACAACGACGAUGCUGAGGAUUUUGACAACUGA